AGACAGCUUCUGUAUCUCUGUUCUCUCCAGCUGACUGACUGGUGGGUAUUUUCAGCACUACAUGCAGAAACCACAGCAACUCAAGCUCCAAAACCAGUCUUUUUGUUGAUGUCGACGUAAUGUCGCAGCCAACUGUUUCCUCAGAAUAUCCCUCAACCCUGAGAAGGAGAGAGGGAGGGGGGUGUAGAGCAGACCCCAUCAUAAAGCCAGGAGGAGCAUCUACUGCAGAGUUAGAAAGAAACCCUGAAAACCAACACAAUCUGCUCCUAAAAUCUCAUGUAGUAAUGGACUCUAAGCUGAAAUCAAUCAGACAUUAUGAACAUCUUGAACCUGAUCUUGCAGAGGAAUUUGAAGAUCCAAGAGAUUACUGCUAUGGUGGAUAUCACCCAGUCCAGGUUGGAGACAUCUUUAAUAAGAGAUACAAGGUUUUAUCAAAGCUGGGUUGGGGUUAUUUCUCUACAGUAUGGCUGUGCGUUGACCUCAGGUCCGGCAGGCAUGUGGCAGUAAAAGUGUUGAAGAGCGGAGCUGGAUUCACUCAGGCUGGCCAAGAUGAACUCACAUUACUGCGAUGUGCCAGUGGUCCCACAGCCCGUAACCCACUUAAAGGACGUAUAGUACAGUUACUGGAUGAGUUUAAGUUAGCUGGUGUAAACGGGAUCCAUAUUUGUUUGGUGUUGGAGCUGCUGGGGCCAGACCUGCGUUGUUGGCAGAUGUGUUUCGGUAAUCCAGGUCUGUCUCUCUCCUGUGUCAAACACGUCAUCACUCAGGUACUUGAGGGUCUGGAGUAUCUGCACAGCCACUGUAAGAUCAUUCACACAGACAUCAAGCCUGAGAACAUACUGCUGUGUUUCACACCUCAUCCACCAGGAGGAGAUAUACACACAUAUUCCUCUUCAGCCAUUAGAAACACAGUACUCAAGGCUCCUGGAGAAUCGGGAAAACUUGGAACUUGGGGAAACUUGGAAGAUAUCACAGUGAAGAUUGCAGAUCUUGGCAGCUCAUGUUGGGUGUACAAACACUUCUGUCAAGAGAUCCAGACCAGACAGUAUCGCUCUCUGGAGGUCCUGCUGGGCUCUGAAUACGGUCCUGCAGCUGACAUCUGGAGUGUGGCCUGCUUGGCAUUUGAGCUUGCAACGGGCGAUUCCUUAUUUGAGCCCAAAGCAGGACCUAAUUUCUCAUUAGAGGAAGACCACCUGGCUCACAUCAUUGAGCUCCUGGGAAAGAUCCCAGUCUCUGUGGCUCAGUGUGGAAAAUAUUACUACGAGUAUUUCAACCGCAAGGGUGACCUGCGGCGAAUCGCUGUUCUUCGUCCAUGGGGACUGUAUGAAGUGCUGGUGGAGAAAUAUCACUUUCUCCUCAGAGAGGCAUCACUUUUCUCUGAUUUCCUGUUGCAGAUGUUGAACUACCUGCCAGAGCGGAGAGCCACAGCAGCUCAGUGUCUUAAACAUCCCUGGCUGAAACUGUGAUCCUUUCAGGCUUUGUAAUAGUUGAAAAAUGCACUCAGUGAGGUUUUCCUUUAUAGGCUGUUCAGUAUUUGUCAACUGUAAAGGCUUACUUUCCAAAUGAGCCGUAAAUAAUUCAGUUAAAAACUAAAAUUCAGACUCUUAUUUACCUUUGAUUGGUCUAAAGUUGCAAGACUUUCUCUUCACAUUCAAAUGUGGCCAAAAUGUUAUUUUUUGGGUGAAUUAUUGUAUCCCGUCCCUUUAAAGGGGACCUAUUAUGCAAAAAUCACUUUUAUAAGAGGUUUAAACACAGUUGUGUGGCAACAGUCUGUCAACAUAGCCAGUCUCUAAUGGUAAAAAUUCAGUAAUUCUAUUUUUUUAUAAUCACACUUCAUAAAAACAGAAACUCUUUAAAACACUUUGAAUGAUAUUUUCCCUUUGUAGAUGUCAUUAGAGGGGGAAAGUCCCACUAUUAUUUAUAAUCUCUCCCCAUUAGCAUAAACAGCCCUGAGAAGCAGCUAUCCACUGUCAGAGUUUUGAAUCUGUUCUCAUAUUAUCUGUAUCUCAUAUAUAAAAUAUUGUAACACAGGCAUUUAUAGCUCUACCUUGAUGUUUAUAGCUCUACCCUGUUAUAACUCUCUGUAUCAAAAGAGUUUUAAAAUAAUUAUUUGUGUUAUUUUGAGCUGAAACUUCACAUACACACUCUAGACACAUCAGACACUUAUUUUACAUCCAAUAGAUCCCCUUUAAAGAAGGGAAUGUGGGUAUUAUUUUGUGUGUAUUAAAUAUUUACACAGCACAGCUGGCAUAGCAAACGCAUUUCAGGAAUGUGUCUAUUUGUCUGGUAAAUACAUUCCACGCUUAAAUAAGGCCUGUAUUCCUCUGCAUGUGUUAGAGAUUAAAAAAUCGAUUGACCAUGAUGGAUCCCUUCGGUUCGCUGAUGCUGCUUUGUGAUGUAAGUAGUGUGUUGUGAAUGUAGAGAUAAACAAUGCCAUAGAUAAAUGUUUUAUUUCUUAUGACCCAUCAGUAUAUAUGUUUAUAAUUAUAACUGAAAUAAAAGCUAAACAUUAAUUUAAAAUAUUGACAAAAUAUGUUAUAAAAAUAUCACUUGAAUUAUGACAUGAGCACAACCUUAUUAAUAUUUUAAUUAAAGAAAUAAUAUAUAAAUAAAAUAAAAGUAAAGCAACAGAUUAUUACAACAUGAUAACAAAAGGGGGUUUGUGUCUUACUUGAUACCGACUGAUUAUCUUAUUACUCAACUGAUGCUGCUGCUUUUAUGUGCUCUGCGUCACACUAUGGACUCGCACUCACGUAUUUCAUAUAAAUAAACCACUGUGAUCAUCAUUAUACUGUGUUCUCAUUCAUCAAGUGAUAAAGAUUUCCAGAGAAGAGGUCAGGAUUAAUAUUAUGUGAAUGCUGUAUAGUGUUUUCCCUGGUAUUAGGAUUGGUUUGCACAUUGUAAUUGACAAAAAUGCACAAAAUAUCAGUUCCCUCUUUAUAUUAGGGGGUUUUAACUUAAAUGUAAUUGCAUCAUAAAAUAAAUGUAGCCUACUUAAUAUGUUUAUAAUGUAUUGCAGAACACUUCUUUAUAAUGAAAAUAAUUUAGCUCGGGGUUUGCUCUAAAUAUUCUCCUGCAAGUUUCUCUAAUUUCGCUUGUUUUUUAUUUGGUUUUUCAAAGCGUCGCACAAAAUAAUUCUCCUUCAGAUUAUGAUUAUGCUUUUUAAAACUACGGCCAAGAUUCAGUGUCUUUUGUGUGUUUUUAAUCUUGAUUUCGGUCACUGUUUGCAGAUGCUUGUGAACUAAAUGCGCGCAAAACAGCAGAAAAUAAAGAAAAACAGUUAAAAGUUAAUUUAUCACACUUAGCUAGCUGUUUCCUAAAAUACUCGAAGCAUAAAUUCUUAAAAACAGCACGUCAAACAGCUUGUUUUAUUAUUUGUGAACAAUGGGCUGUAAUUUAAAAAAAAAUAGCUUUUUUAAUAUAUUAUUUUGAUUCCGAAAUUCUAAUAUAAAAUGUUGAGCAAUUAGGAUGAAGAGCGCGUCUGCCGACCCACAAAGCGCCAGUUAAUAAAUGCGAAUUUUAAAGUUAAUAAACGACAAUAAUCAAUAUAUUAAUAUUACUAAUAAAAUAUAAUAUCAAUCUGAAUAAUUGCUCACUAUUCAUUCACAAAUAAUGAACAAUGUUUAAACAGACGCCAACAGCUUGAUAUGGCUAUUAUUUUUCUUUUUAUUUUGGUCAGUCAGAAAAAAAUACUUCAUUAAUUCAUUUGAAUCUUUAAAGUGUUUUCUUUUAUUAAAACAAAAAUUCCCAGUUCAGAUUAUUUUACAACAUUUAAACAUAAUAAUUAGGCUACAACUGAGACAGAUUCCUUCAUCAUUGAAAAAUAAAUGAAAGCAACUUAAAAUACACAUUAAUUGAGAUGUUUACUGUCACCCCAAAAAACUAUUUAAUCCAAUUUGAGUGCACGAUGCUGAUUGUUCAAUCUUCUGACUGCAUUUCCCUUUAUUUACUCUUAUGCGCACAUAUUUCAUACACAUCUGCACAAAUGUGACUGAAGUCCACAUUCAAACACAUGAAAGACUCAAACUGGGCCAUUAACAGUUUUAAAAACGGAAUAAUCUGAAGGUCUUAUUUUUAUCAAGUUUUGAAAAAGUUAAACUGAAGCGAAUAAAGUAAUAAAGUAACUAGAAUUAAAAGACCUUAAUAUAAAUAUACUAGAUGAACAGGUCAUUUUGAAUACUUUAAUAAACCUAUUUGUUUAAUAAAAAUCAUACGCGCUAAAAUAUCUGUAUACUUGAUGCCAACGAGCAAAAAAAGCACUUUUAAAAUAAUGAAAAGAAAAUAUUCACAAACUGUUCGGUAAACGUGUCAGCUAAAAUAAAGAAGGAAAAAAUACUGCAAUUUACUGCAUUUUUACUGCAAUGGCGUAAAUCUGGGGACAAUACAUAUAAAAUUUCUUUCCAGCAUUUUUUAGAAGGGUAUACAGGCGAAUAAUACAAAUAAUACAGGCGAAUUGUACUAAUAAAGAUAUGUCCCCGCAGUUAAAAAUGGUUUCAUCAUCAUUAUUAUUAUAGCAUGGAGACUACGUCAUUAUGAGUAUUUUUAAAGUUUUUCUCAGGUUCAACGACAAAUCAAAUUUUUCUUCAAAACUAUUUAUUGCUUUGUUUGUUGCGUUGUUUACAGUCAACUGACUGACUCCUUAAGCAGAAUGCAGUAAAAGACGUUUUCCAUACUUUUUAUAACUAACUUGUUUACAUUACACUUGUUAAAAUGACAGAUCAUACUGUAAAUCGAGCCUGUGAGGUUCAUCUGCUAAACAGCCACAACUCCGAAAACACAAAAAAUUGUUCAUCCCAAAAGAAUUAUCAUUAUCCCUUCAAUAAAGAACACCCUGACACUGUA